GGUUUCCAUCCGUAAGGUCUCUUGCCCGGCUGUUCUCCUGGCUCAUAUGUUGGCUACUUUAUACUCGUCGUCAUCUUAUUUGUCAUAGGUUUUAGUUUGUCUGUUUUUUUGGUUUUUGUUUUGUUCUUCUUUGCUUUUGUUGUUCUCUUUUCUAGUCCCCUUGUCGGGAAAAAAAAAACACUAAGAUAAUCCAAUUUUUAGGGCACGCUUGGAUUGGGUGUAAUGGAUUAUGGGGGUAAUAAAAGUCAAACCACUAUAAUAAAAGGACAAUGAAGGAGAAUUGUGGUGGUUGCAUGGAGGGUGGUGUGGUGGUAUUGUGAUGAGAAGUUGUGGCAGUGGUGGUGUUGUGAGGAGAAGGGAGGAAGGGGGGAAGUAAUUACCCCACAAAUGAGGGUAAUAAUCACCCUAGUGGGAUGGUGGGUAACUAUUCCCCCCAUGAUGAGGGUAUUUGUUCCACCUUCCCUUUUAUUUUCUUCUUGCUAACACUAGCUUGUUCCCUUUGCCACCACUUCAUCCCCUCAUCAUCACCUUCAAUUACCUUAGUUUGACUUUUAUUGUCCCUUUAAUACAUUACCCUUAAUCCAAGCAUGCCCUUAGGAGUAACUUUUGCUAAAAUAACUAAAUAACUUUUGGGCACGUAAGGAAAUCUUGCGUAGAGAAUUGGAGGAGGAUCAAAUGACAUUCAUCUACAAGACUACAAGUAAAUUAUUAUUCCGAGCAACUUAAGUUCAACAAAAAUUUACUAGAUAUUUAAAGAUUAAAACUUUCAAUAAUUGGAAUUGAUCCUUGAUUUUUUAACACGAGCAGAAGCUACAUAAUUUUGUGGCAACUUUCCUAUUAUUAGACCACCUUAUGGUUGCGUUUGCAAACUUUUUUGGAAAAUUUGUAAUUAUUAAUUCAAUAUUUGCCCGGUUUUCUUUAAUUAAGUCUACCUAUGCUAUAUUUCUAAAUAAUCCAACCUUUAUGAUCCAAUUACUAUUAUUAAGCCUAACAAGUUAAUAACGUGCUGUAACUGGUAUUCACCCUUACGUGGCAAUAUAACCGUUACAAUUUUAUUUUUUAUUUUUUUCCCCUCUUUUUCUUUGAUUGUUGUUUUAAUGUUCGUCUCUCUCCUCUGCGAUUUAAUUGCUUCUGCUCUGCAAUUUUCGUUCCUCUCUCCUCUGUUUAUCAUUUCUCUUCUACCUCUUCUCCACCAUUGUUGAUCCCUCAUACCUCUCCAUUCGAAGUUCGCCAAAAAUAAUCAGCAAUUGCUAAUUUGCUAUGACUGGGUUAAACCAAUCAACUGUUGGGUCUGGGUCUUCUUCAAAUUCAAGGGGAGGAAUGGUGCCACCAUUUUUAUGUGAGUGCGGAAAUUACUCAGUUGUGCGGACUGUUAAGCGCGGGCCAAACAUUGGAAUAAAGUUUCAUGGUUGUCCUUUAUGGCCGAAUACGAAGUGUGAAUUUUUCAGGUGGAUUCCUGAUAACAAUAAACUUGACAACCUUCAACUUCAAAUACUUGAAGCUAACACUACCAUUGCUCAGAUGGAGUAUGAGAAGAAGUUGAUGGAGGAAAAGAUUAAAAAGUUGCAGACUAAAAAGGAUAAUCUGGAGGAAGAUGUACAAGAAAUGAAGAAUGAGCUUUGCCAAAUGCGUAUUGAAAUGAUGAAGAGUUCAAGAAACGAAAGAAAUGGUACCAUGGCUCUAUAUUUUUCAUGGUUUUUUUUUUCCCUUGUUGUUUUUUGGUUAAAAUAG